AUGUCAGACUUCACCACCAUGCCAGUUCUUCAGGAACUUGGUGCUGGUCUUGCCAACACCACAUUCAUUCGUUUCACCACGUCAUCGAUACCACAAUACUUUUAUGCCACGUCAGAUUGUGAUCCUGGAAUCAUGAAACUGGCCUGCUUAUCCUACCUUUGGGCGUUCUCCCUCCUCAACAGUGUUUUUCGAGGAGGGUUGGCACCUGCGAUAGCUGCGUCAGCUCAUUGUGUGGACCCCUCUUCCCUAUCAGUGAAAGUCUCGGGAGGCAUACUUCAUGGAAUUGUCAAGGAGACCGAAGAUCCAUGCGUACGCCAGUUCCUCGGGAUCCCCUUUGCCCAACCCCCAGUGGGAAACCUUCGCUUUGCCCCGCCACAGCCUGCUGCGCCGUUUGGCGAACUCAAAGUCAAGAAGCUUCCCCCAAGCUGCAUCCAAUAUCUCUCGACAGACCCGCCCUCCAUCUACACCCAGGAUGUGACCGAGUACAACGUCCAGGGCCUCAAUGUCACCAGUCCCAACAUCAGUGAGGACUGCCUAACCCUCAGCCUCUGGGCCCCGCCAGCCACCAAGAAAGACAGCCUCCCUGUCAUCGUCUUCGUCUAUGGCGGUGCCUUCAGCACCGGCGGUCAAGAUGUCCCCACCCAGAUUCCCACAGACUGGGUCCAGCGCAAAAAAGACCACAUCGUCGUCACCUUCAAUUACCGCCUCAACAUCUUCGGCUUCCCCAAUGCCCGUGGCAUCCCCCUAACGGAGCAAAACGUCGGUCUCCUCGACCAACGCCUUGCGGUAGAAUGGGUUCGAGACAACAUUGCCGCCUUUGGCGGUGACCCUACCCGCAUCACCCUCUGGGGCCAAAGUGCCGGUGCAGUUUCCGUGGGCUACUGGCAAUACGCCUACCCUACCAAGCCGAUCGUCAACACAUUCAUCAUGGACUCCGGCAACGAGCUGACGCCGUUGGCUCAUAGCCUUGACGCUGCUCAGUUGGGUUUUACCCGUAUUGCGGUCGAGGUGGGCUGUGGGAAUCUCACCGCGGCGGAGGAGCUGGCGUGUAUGAAGUCUAGCAACGUCACGGCCGAUGCCAUCAUCACUGCUCUGCAGACUGAGAAUGCCGCGGCGGGCACGGAUUUCACCAAGGUUCUCUUCUUCACGCCGGUGAUCGAUAAUGCCACGGUGUUCCCCGAUUAUACGGCUCGGUCGUUGGCGGGAGAGGUUGCCAAAGUUCCCACAAUCCUGGGCAGUAACGCCCAAGACGGCCUCGCCUUCGUCAGUCUCAACCCGAACAACACCGUCAACCAAACUGAAGCCUUCGAAGCGACAAUUGACUUCUUCUUCUGCCCAGCCUUCAAAGCAGCCACUAACCGCCUCCUAGCCUCCGUCCCCCUCUUCCGCUACAUCUACUUCGGCAACUUCUCCGACGUUUCGCCCUCCCCCUUCCUAGGCGCCUACCACGGCGCCGAACUGCCCCUUCUCUUCGGCACCUACGACGUCUUCCCCGAAACUUCCACCAGCUCGCCGCCGCCAGAUGAGAAGCUGGAGGUGGCCACGAGCCAUGCGAUUCAGGACGAUUGGGUGGCUGUUGCUGCUAAUGGCGUCAGCGGGCUGGAGAUGAGGGGGUGGCCGGAGUACAGGGAUGUGGAGAGCGGGUUGGUUAGGAGUUAUGGGGUUGCUAAUCCUAAUGCUAACGCUAAUGCCAAUGGGGGCUCGGGCUUGGGAGGGGUGCCGGCUGGCGUGGCGGAUGCGAGGGCUAUUGAAGGGUUGUGUCCAGCUAUUUAUCAGCCUGCCUGA